GGCGCGCACCAGAAGUUCCAGCAAGUUCGCUGCUUCCGCUCCUCCCAGCCGUCUAAUAGGAUAGAGAGCGGAGCGGCCCCGGAAGUGACGAAUAGGAGUGUCGACGUUCUUCCGGUUCCGGCCUGGCGAGAGCGCUGUGGCGACAUGAAGCUGCUUACCCACAACUUGCUGAGCUCGCAUGUGCGAGGGGUGGGACCCCGUGGCUUACCCCUGCGCCUCCAGGCCACCGAGGUCCGCAUCAACAAUGUGGAGUUCAACCCGGACUUCGUGGCGCGUAUGAUACCCAAGGUUGAGUGGGAGGUGCUUCUGGAAGCGGCUGAUCACUUGCGUCUGAUCGAGGUGCCCAAAGGGCCGAUUCAGGGGUAUGAGCAAGAUGAGACAUUCCUGAGGAAAAUGCACCACGUGCUGCUGGAGGUGGAAGUGUUGGAGGGCACCCUGCAAUGCCCGGAGUCUGGUCGUAUGUUCCCCAUCAGCCGCGGGAUCCCCAACAUGCUGCUGAGUUCCGAGGAAACAGAGACUUAAUCGAGCCAGACACCAGUUUUUCAUUCUGUGACCAUGUGUAGCUUUGUUUGUGUAUUUCCUGUUAGUUAUGUCGCGUGUAUCCCCAAUUCUUGACCCAGUGACACACCACACACAGUGUUCUUGAGCUCGAUAUAUUUUUUUCUCAUUAAAGGUUCAAAACCAAAA